AACAGGACGGGGUAGCUCUGCAUCAGGAGAGCCCGGGGCGCAUCACCGAGCGGGGGUGUGUCCUCACCGACGACGCGGAGGGGAAGCGGGGCUCCUGCCAAGAACGCGGUUCAGCCCUGGUCGCCGAGGUGCCCACGUCAGAAAGAACAAAGCAGCUGGGAAAACACGCUACACGAGCCUUCGAAGGAAACCAAGAGGAUGCGCGGGGAGAGGGCACCGUGCGGGUUCUCGUCAGGGGCCCCUUAACAGGAGGGAAGCCCGGGGUGCGGGCUGCCGGCGGAGGGAGGGAGAGAGACAGACAGACAGAGACACAGAGACAGAGACAGAGAGUCAGAGACUGAGACGGACAGAGGCAGAGCGCCCACAGGCGGGGCCCGUGCUGACACGCUCGGUGAGGGGGGAUGAGUUUGCUGUCCCCUCGGACGGAGGUCAGAGUGUCUACCCCCUCGUGGCGCUGAGCGAGGCUCUUCCCGAGCGUCCCCCAGGCCCGCUUCCCCGUGGCACUUGGUGCCCCAGGAGGGCUGCUCUCACCGGGAGGUGGUGGGCUCCCCAGCCCUUCACAGGAGCCCCGCUGGCCCGGCCCGGUGGGCGCCCGCCCCCGGGCAGGGGGCCGCUGCCCCGCUCUGUUCGGGUUACCCCCCCAAAGGGAGCCUCUGCGCCCGGCUUGUCCAAGACAGCCCCACCGCGCUGUGCCGCCUCAUCUGCUCUGCUUUCCUUGACGGCGAGACGUGCCCCUGUGUCUCCCCGCCCCCGCGGUCCAGGCCCGGUUCCCGGGGGACGGCUCCCGACCCCCGACCUCCGACCUCCGACCUCCUCCCCAGGAGCCGCCCCAGCUCCGUCCCUCUCGGCCUCGGCCUUUCAUUUCUCUGUCUUCCCCUCUCUUCGCCUUAAACAGAAAAAGACAGGACUGAAGCCUCUAUUUAGGACACUGAAUUAUCCGGUAAAAUAUCCAAUAAACCCGCUGUCCUCCGCGGGCCGCCUUUCUCUGCGGGGGUCGGUUUCCCGUCGCGCCGCGCGCCGAGCCGGGCGGGGCCUCUGGCCGCGGGCUGAGCAUGGCCGGCAGCGGGCCGCUCGCCCUCCUCGCCCUCCUCGCCCUCCUCGCCCUCCUCGCCCUCCUGGCCCCGCGCGGCGCCCAGCCCGCAGUGUUUCUUCCCACCUCAAAAGCAAAUGAAGUUCUGGUGAGAUGGAAACGAGCCAGGUCCUACCUUUUGGAAGAGCUCUUUGAGGGAAAUUUAGAAAAGGAAUGUUACGAAGAAAUCUGUGUCUAUGAGGAAGCAAGAGAAGUAUUUGAAAAUGACGCAUCCACUGAUGAAUUUUGGAAGACGUAUCUGGGCGGCUCCCCGUGCGUCUCCCAGCCCUGCCUCAACAACGGGUCCUGCCAGGACAGCAUCCGCGGCUACACCUGCACCUGCGCCCCGGGCUACGAAGGCCGGGACUGCGCCUUCGCUAAAAAUGAAUGUCACCCUUUGAGGACGGAUGGGUGUCAGCACUUCUGCCACCCGGGGCCGGGGUCUUACACGUGCAGCUGUGCGAAGGGGCAUAAGCUGGGCCAGGACCGCAGAUCCUGCAUCCCCCACGACAGGUGUGCGUGCGGAGCCCUCAGCUCUGAGUGCCUUCUGACGUCACAGGGAUGCGAGCAGGACCUUCCGACUUUCCCGUGGCAGGUAAAACUAACAAAUUCCGAAGGAGAAGACUUCUGUGGAGGUGUUCUAAUACAGGACAAUUUUGUACUGACAACAGCAAAAUGUUCACUCUUGUACAGAAACAUUAGUGUGAAAACAAGUUCCCGCUGCCGGGCGCGCGAGGCCCCGCCGGCGGUGGAGGUGAAGGGCGUCCACGUGCACACGAGAUUCGAGGCGGACACGGGGGACAAUGACGUGGCCCUGCUGGAGCUGGCGCGGCCCGUGCGCUGCCCCGACGCCGGGCGGCCCGUCUGCACUGCCGAGGCCGACUUCGCCGAGCGCGUGCUCCUCCCGCGGCCGGGCGUGCUGGGCGGCUGGACCCUCCGCGGCCCCGAGCUGGAGCCCGCGCGGCUGCCGGUCACGCACGUGGAGCCCGGAGAGUGCGGCCGGGCCCUCAACGCCACGGUGACCACGCGGACGGGCUGCGAGCGGGGCGCGGCGGCGGCCGGGGCGGCGCGGUGGGCGGCGGGCGGCGCGGUGGCCCGGGAGCACCGCGGCGCCUGGUUCCUCACCGGCCUCCUGGGCGCCGCGCCCCCCGAGGGCCCCGGGCCGCUCCUGCUCAUCAAGGUCCCCAGGUACGCGCUCUGGCUCCGGCGAGUCACGCAGCGGCCGAGCUCCGCCAGCUGGAGAGGCGACCACGGUCACGGACGCGACAGGGAGCCGGUGCUGGGGUGACAGCGCCCCCAGCCCCUCCCCCGGGACCCCUCGUCUGAGCAGAGCCCCGGAGAGGAGGGGGGAGGGGCGCGCGUCCAGCAAUAAAAGCAGAGCUGCCGGCACCGCACGGCGCUUUCCUGAAA